GUAUUUAUAUAUCUUUGCCCCCUGUUUAGGACAAGGCUAAAUGAGAAAUGCCUUUUUCUGUUUUACGAUUGUGUGUGUGUGUUAUUCAAGGAUAUGGUGCUCCUUUAACUGUAGCAAGCCGCGAGUGUGUUGGCAAGGUGAUAGCUUCUAUUUUUGGGAAAUUCUGAAGGCGUUGUCAAGAUAGGCUAUCUGUAAAAGGGAAAAGCUAUUAAUGGACAGUACUAUGCAUCAUAAGUAACACAGCGGAAGUCAUGUCGAAACAGAGGGAAGCUGAGGACAGAUAUGCUCUUGCUCCACGAUAACACACAGCAAACUGUGGCUUUGAAUGGCUACCCUAUCCCUAGACUACUAGAUUCAGCUCCAUCUUACUUCUACAUGUUUCAUAAGUUAAAUCCCACCAACAUUUUCGAAACAAUGAUAAGGUCAUAACUGUUGUGGAGGAGUUUUUGAUGGUCCAGGACGCCACCUUCUUUUGUGAUGUCAUUGUCUCGCUUGACCAUCGUUUAACCAAGUGCAUUGAUGUCGAGGGGACUGUACAGAACAAUUGUGAAAAACUGUCUUGUUUCUGCCACUCCUUCUUGGUGUGAAUUAGAAGUUUUAAUUCUCACAUGACCCUUGUAGCAGCGGGUCAAAUUCCAUACAGGAGUGCAAAAAACCAUAACUCAGAAGUAUACACAGCUAUUGUAUUGUUUACAUCUAUUGCUGACAGUGUAGCAUUCACAUUUCUGUAUUUCUCGAAGGACUACAAUGUAAUCCUAUACUUAGUCCAUGACACUCCAAAUCGAAGGAAACCAAACCAGUUUUACAUUUCCGUUGGGAGUUACGUCACAGAUCGAGUUCUACGUUCGCAGCGAUGAUUAUUUUCGAAUUUUUGUCCAACACAAGGCCGUGGAGAAGGACAAUUACAAUACGAUGUGUGUUGUGACACAAUCAGCAAGUAAAGUCUGUAAUACCACUAACAGCAUCUGCCGAUGUCCUGAAGACCCUGACGAUGCUUUCAUCUUAAAUAAAACUUUCCUGCAGAGUGAUGCCGGCCUGUGGGUGUUCUGGCCUUGGCAACAAAACAACAUCUCUAAGACAGUCAAUGUUAGCAUUAGUGAUUCCGCCUUGUGGACACAAUCGCCUUUUGUGUUAUCGACAUCACAAGCCCUCCGUGAGAGAAAUAUAAUUUUCGACAAAUCCCUGACAUUGCAAAUCGAAGGAAACAAAACCAGUUUUACAUUUCCGUUGGGAGUUACGUCACAGAUCAAGUUCUAUGUUCGCAACGAAAAGGAUUUUCGAAUUGUUGUCCAACACAAGGCCUCGGAGAAGGACAAUUACGAUACGAUGUGUUUUGUGUAUCAGUCAGCAAAUAUAGGAUGUAAUACCAGUAACAACAUCUGCCGAUGUCCUCAGGACCCUGACGAUGCUUUCAGCUUGAAUAAGACUUUCCAGCAGAGUGAUGCCGGCCUGUGGGUGUUCAGGCCUUGGCUACAUCACAGCAUCUCAAAGACAGUCAAUGUUAGUGUCGUGGAUUCCGGCUUGGGGACAAAAUCACCUUUUAAAUUACAGACAUCACCAGUCCUUCGUGAGACAACAAGAGUCCCAAAGGAUGUACUCAGCCAGACAACCAAAACGUCUGCCAUAUCAACAAGCCAAUCGCAGCUGACAACGAAAGAUACAACUAGCAUCGCCAUCAUCGUCACGCAGCUGACAAAGACAGAAAAAACAAACAUCCCCAUCAUCGUCGAGCAGCUGAUAAAGACAGAUGUAACUAGCAUCGCCAUCAUCGUCGUGCUGAGCUUCAUCACGCUCUUGGCCAUCGUCUUGACCUCGGUAGUCUGGAGACAUCAAGGUAUUAUCACGAGGCUGCGCCGACCUCCAGUCAUCCGUGAGUAAACAGAGAAAUUAAGGGAACAUGAUGUGUGAUAUGUUGUAGAUGUCCGUUAAGUACUAUGACGUCAUUAUGACAUCCGGGAUGUUAUAAUGACAAUUGUGACAUUUCGUUGAUGCCCUCGUCAAGUGAACUUGUAUUAGAGGUUUAUCACUGGAAAUAGAAACAUCAGGAAUAUUACUUGGACUAUUUUGCUUAAUCUGUUAGUAUUUAAGUAGCUGUGAUAUUAUUGUCAACUCUCGUGCGAGGUAAUUUGGUUGAUGCGCGCCGCUGGGUGUAGUGGAACGGAUAAAGUAUCCAGUCUCUGGAUGAACUAUCCCUUACUUGACAGCUCAUGUUCCGCGAUGACAACACGACCUUGCGGGUGAUGCUGUCACGUGACUCAUCCUCUCUCUCUCAUCCCAUCCUCUCCUUUCACUCUCCUUCUCCCCAAUAUCUCUCUUCUAAAGUGUGUGUCUCGCUGUGUAUACCUGUGUGUUUGUGUAUGUGUCUCUGGGUGUGUUCAUAGAGGCAAGAAACGCCACAAACUAAGAGAUAAAUGACCAUCAAUAACUCGUAAUUCUUGACCUUUUCAUGCGGAGUAAAUCAUUUUCGCUUGGUUUGAACUUGAUUUACCUGCAUUAGAUUGAUUAAGUACUGUAACGGUACACACUAGUACGACAGAAUGUUGACAAGUUACAGCCAUUGUGCCGCUGAAAGGAGAGAAAAUUUACCCAGAUACAUCACAGACACCUAAAGCCAUGUAAGUACUAAAGAUUAUAAUUAAUUCUUUUUUGUGCUUUUUGUAAACACAAUCUAAUAAAUCUACAUUAAGUUGACGUGGUACAUAUAUAGAUAUCUAAAUACUUCUAUGAUCACAUUCAGCAAUCUCUUAAUGUACCGUCGUUAAAAGUUUCAACGGCCACAGUUCAUUUUUUUUAAAAAAGUGGCAAUCCAGGCUUCAUAUACCUUUUUAUUUACCUAAUAGGUCAAAGUCAAUGUACACCCACAGGGCUGCCUGCAGACUACCUCUCUGAAAGACUAAUGACUUCACAAGUCGUUGGAAGGAAAGAUGUGUAAAUCCACCGAUACAGCACUUUCAAGAUGUCCAACUAUUCAACUACACAUCAUUUUGUG